AUGGCUGAUGGCGAGGAGAUCUUGGGUCUUCCUGGCUUGACUACUACACAGACAUACGAAGACAAAAAUAGCAGGACCAGCGACAUUGUCGGCGAGCUUGACGAGCGGAUAUUGAGCUGGUUCAAGAAAAGAAACGGCGACACGCUCAAGGGCGCACUGGCCUUCAUCCCUUGGGUUUUGCAACAAGCGAACUUUGAGGGCAGCCUGGAGAAGGGCCAUGUGGUGAUCCACCGGGGAUCAGGAGCCGUUGUGUUCUCUGACGCUAGCGGUUUCACAGCACUGACAGAGAGGCUUUCGAAGAAAGAUGAUGGUGCUGAAAAACUGUCAUUGUGCCUGACCUCCUUCUUCACUCCCCUGAUAGAUAUCAUCAACUCCUACCGUGGAGAUGUGAUCAAAUUCAGUGGCGACGCACUCACCAUCUAUUUUCAGGCAGUGGAUGACACCAAGCAUGAGAAGUACAACCACGUUGUUCCUCCACAUGGUACAUGGGGUUUGCCCGACCUCGGCCCUCAAGCAACAGCUGUUCUUCGGGCCUGUGCUUGCUGCAUCGAGAUCCACAAGCGCCUGCACAUGUUUGACACAGGCGUGGACAAUGUUCGUCUCUGCCUGCACAUCGGAGUGGGCUGUGGAGAGGUGACCAUUCUCCAGGUCGGAGGAAGAUUGCCCCCAGAGACGCGGGUGCCUCGAUUGGAGUACAUCAUCGCAGGCCCGCCCCUGGAGCAGAUCUCCAUUGCGGAGCCGCUCGCUUCGAAUGGCGAGACGUGUCUCAGCCCGCAGGCCUGGCACUAUGUCAAGGACUGUGUUGUGGAAGGCUCCCCUCUUGAGGAGAGGAGCGAUUUCCACCUUCUUUUACGGAUGGACGAGUCAAAGUAUACUUUUCCAACCAUCAAACAUGCGGCGAUGGAGAACGACCAUCGCUUGGACAAGCAGAUGACUGAUUUGAGCAAGAUUCGUCGAUACAUUCCGUCGGCGGUUUACAAGCAGAUUGAGUGUGGCACGCUCACCUAUGUGAAUGAGAUGCGGCACAUCUCCACAAUCUUCAUCAACGGAUCAGGCUUGGACAUCAUGUCAGAGAAGGGCCCGAGCAUCGCACAGGAGUUGAUGUCCUCGGUGCAGCAGUGCUGCUACCAGCAUGAGGGCACUCUCAAUAAGUUUCUGAUCGAUGACAAGGGCAUGCUCUUCCUCCUGGUCUUUGGCUUGCCACCUCUGGUGCACACAGAUGAUCCGACCCGUGCUGUGCUUGCUUGCUUUGACAUGGUCAAGGUCUUUAAAAAGCUCCAGCUCAUUGGAAAGUUCGGUGUCACCACUGGUCGUAGCUACUGUGGCGUUUGUGGCAGCGCGCGCCGCAUGGAGUACACAGUCCUGGGUGACUGCGUAAACUUGUCAGCUCGGCUCAUGGCCAAUGCGCCUCCCAACGGCAUCCUCUGUGACGACAUCACGAGAAAGCGCUCCACCACCGAGAUCAUCUACAACGCCCUGGCGCCCAUCAGAGUGAAGGGCAAGGAGAAGCCGAUCGAGAUCUUCCAGCCAGUGAAGAAGGAAUUCAGCAACAACAUUGGCUUGAACAGGAGGGGGACCAUCUCCUUCCCCUGGCACCAGAAUGCAUUUGGAGGGAUGUCGUCAGGAGGUCUCUCGGUGUCUGAAUUCCAAGACGGUGUCAUCCGCCUUUGCAGCAUCAAGUCCUGGUCCGGCAUCUCGCGGGCCUCAGAGCUGCUGGGCGCCGGUUUCCGCAAGGAAAUUCACAGUGACAAGGCCGUCCCAGUCCCGAGCGAGCCGUCUGCUGGAUCGAAGCCGCCCAAGGGCAGUCCCUUCUGCGAUGGCGGUGUUGUGGUCAUUGAAGGUGCUACCGGCACGGGCAAGAUUGAGAUGGCAGAGCACAUGGUGGUGCACUCGAUCACGACCUUCCGCAUGUUUCCUGUCUUUGGCACCAUGGGCCCGCGUCCGGGCGACAGUUUGCGGCUGUCCUGCGAGAUGCUGAGGAGCACCAUCGGAAUCUUCCGCAAGACCAAUCCAACGUUGCCGGAGGAUGACUUUGAGGCACUGAGACACCUUUCGCCAUCUCGGCGCAUGGACCUGCUCCAGCAGGCGCUGGGGAAAAACGCCGCGGCCUCGGAGCUGACCAUGGAGAAGGCCGGCGAGGUGCUGUCCCUCACCGUGGAGGUGGUGGUGGAGCUGCUGUCGCAGUUUACCAAGUCGAAUGCGGUUUUGCUGAUCAUGCAGUUCGAGUACGGCACGAGCCUUUUCCCUGACAAGCUCUCCGAUCAGGAUAUUUUCUGGCAGACCGUGAACACCGUCUACAACAGUUUCAUCAAGACGCAGCCGCCGGAUGGGAAGCCACGUGUCAUGAUGCUGAUAUGCAGACAUGCUCGAGACGAUCAUCCAGCCGUCAAAGCUGCCGAGAAGUCGAACACGAAAGUAUCUCUGAAGGGUUUGGAGGAUCAGGGCAUCGCCGAGUACAUGAGCAGCUACUUGAAUUUGCCGGACGCAGAUUCCAACCUUAUCCCUACCCCGCUGAGACUCUUCGUCUCAGAGGUCACCUUGGGGAAUCCACUUUAUAUCCGCGAGACCAUUGAUCAAUUGCGAGAGCACCACAUCCAGGUCAACGAAGGCGCUGGAGGGCAGGUGAAAAACGUGGAGUGCAAGGACAUUGACAAAGUCAACGUCUCGCAAUGGGGCCACACGGCCAUGAUCGGCAACACGGUCUGCGCGCUGGAAGCCUUGGACCCCUUGGAGGCUGCGGUGCUGAAGAUGAGCACCUGCUUCAUGGGCCCCUUUACCUUGGGGGACCUGGCCGCCAGCACUUCUUCCAGGUGGGCGGAGUCCACGCAUUUCGAUUUCCUGCGCCUCUUCCAGGCUCGUGGGACCGUUCAGAAUUUGUCGUCUAAAUUGGGUCUCUUGCUUGCCCUUCUUUUCAUGGGGGUUGAAUCCUUGGGAAUUGAUUGGUCUCCCUAA